AUGAAUACGGAAGAUGGGUGUAAAGAAUAUCUUAAAUCCCUCGAAAACGAUGAGGAUGAUUUAUUUUGUUUGUUGAAAAAUCGUAACACUUCAAAAUCUUAUAUAAUUAAAAAGAAAAUAGCAUCAAUAAAUCACUUGAUGUACUCAUUUUUAAAAAACGAUAAUGAAAAUUUUAAUAAUUACAAACCAUGUGAUUUCGAUGAUCAAAAUGAACAAGAUGAAAGGAAUGCAAAUACGAGCAUGCAUGAAGAUAAACAUGGGAAAUCCAAAAAGAACCCUGUAGGUGCAUGCAAAAUUAAAAAAUCAGCUUCUCAUGAAAUAAAUUUUAAUAGACUCAAAAAAGACGAAAUAAAUGAGAAUAUGAAAAUAAAUGAUAAAUAUAAUGAUAUUAUGCUCCUUUCUAAUAAAAAUUUUGGAAGUGAAAAUAUCCAUUUGAAAAAAAUACUAAAUACCUGUAAUGAAGUAUAUAAUAAUUUAAAAUUUUAUAAAGUGGAAAAUCAUGAUAUAUAUAAAUUUAGACCUAAUGACGUAGACACAGAUAUCACAAGAAUUAAAGAUGAUAUAGACACUUUAGAAAAUGAUAAUUAUUUCACUAAUACCCUAAAUUGCUCAGAAAAAAGUGCAUUGAAAAUUAUUCAGAAUAAAUGCAAAAAAAUAGUUCAAUGCUUAAAUGUGAAUUGUGAUUUAGUAGAUAUAUCUGAAGUUGUGGACGUUUUAAAUAUAAUAACUACCCCUGAAUUUGAUGAAAGGCUGGAUAAAUAUGAAUAUUUAAAAUUAUUUUUAAAUAAAUAUCACUACGUUUAUCCAUAUGAAGAUAUCAAAGGACUUCGAAAUAUAAGAAAAUAUGUUAAAAAAAAAUUUAUAGACACUGGAAAAUUUUAUAUAAAUGAAAAAGAUAUUUCUCAUAUGUAUUUAAAAACAGAUUUAGAUCAAAUUAUAAAAAAUGAUAACUUUAUAAAUAACAUGUUAAAUUUGCAUAUCGACACCGGAAAAUUUUGGAUACAAAUUCUUCAUAAUGUAUGGAUAUCAUUAAUCAUCGAAAUUUACAACUCUAUAAAUACCCCAUUUUUUUCAUACCUUAUGAAUUAUGAUAACGAAGUCACUAUUCUGGAUCAGUAUACCUUUUCGGGGAAGAAUGCUAAGUUUUACAAAUUUUCUCAGCAUAUUUUUUCAGGAAUAUUGUUCAGUGGAGUCCCCAGUAUUUACAGAUUAUUAAUGAGAUUGCACACAUAUAAAUAUAUAGAAGUUCGAAUAAAUAUGAUACUUGAGGAUGGUUAUAACAACAUUUACAACGGCGUAACAUCAUCUAGCUUAACAUACAAUAUCAAUAUUCUCAGAAAUCUGUUUCCAUUUUUUAAAGAAUUUAAAAAUAUAGAUAUGGAACAAAUUGUUGAAAACUUUUUUGCAUCCGAAUUUUAUAAUAUAACAAUAUCGUCUUUAAAAAAAAGUAAUAUACAAAAAGUAAUAGUAAAUCAAAAAUAUAUAACAUUUAUAAAUUCCUUUUUUUUAAUGAUAACAGAAUUUUUGUAUGGAGUGUUAAAUAAAUCAAUUUUAGAGCAAAUUAAUGAAAAUAAAAUAAAUUUAAUGAUUUUAUUAGAAGAUAUGUUUUAUGAAAAUAUGAACAUAUUAAUUGGUCGAGAUAUUUUAUUAUUUAUAGCUGAUUUAUUAUGCUUAUAUAAAUUAAGUUGUGUAUAUUUAAAAAAAAGACAUUGUAACGCUAUAAUAAAUAUCACGAAUAUUAUUAUUAAUUUAUAUUAUAAUAAUCAAGAUAUGUUAAUAAAUACUAAUACAUGGAAGCAAGUAUAUACAAUUGCAAUUAAAGUUAAUCAUUUUGUAAAAUGUGCUUUACAAGGUACACAAACAGUAAACGAUAAUAUUGUGCUUCAAGAAUUAUCUAUAAUUAAUAGAUACUAUUUCAAUGAUAUAAAGCACGAUCAAAAUUCUAUAGGAGAAUUUUAUUUUUUAAAAAAUAUAAAUUAUGGCAUUUAUUGUUGGAAUAGUAUAUGUAAUAAAUAUACUAAUGUACACCAUUUUGAAUAUAAUAAAAAUAAUUUUCAAUAUUGUCAAGGUUGUUAUAUUGCUACUUAUUGCUCAGAACAAUGCAAAAUAACACAUUUGCUUUAUUCUCAUCACAAGGUUUGCGUUUAUUUCAAAACAAUUCCUUCUUUCCUGAAGUUUAACAUACUUGAAAUGGAAAAUAAUUAUAAUUGUGCUGGUAUGAAAUACUUGAAUAUAUUUCAUCAUAUUGAUACAUUUAAUAGGAAAAACGAAGAAUACCAAAUUAUUUAUUAG